AUGGCUACUAUUUUAAAGGCCACAACCACUGUCAAGGCGAGGCCCCUGAAGCCGGGGUCCGGUGGGGCCAAGGAGGUCCGAGGCAGGGUGGAAUGCCUCUCGAAGGAUAGCACUCCAAAGGCUUCCAAAGAGGGGGCUCCUCAGAGCUCGUCAAGGAAAUUUGGGACAUCAGUGACCCACGAGGCUAAAUCAAUUGGCGAGCCGAAGUUGCUCGCAUCCGCCUCCAAAGCCAUCAAGAUAGAAAUGGUUAGAGAGGCGGAGGCACAAGAAGAGGCUGCGAGGAGAGCCGCCGAGGCUGCUGAGGAUGAGACAGCGAAACAGAAGCCUCUUCGAGAGAAAGGCAAGUCUCCAAGCUUCCUAGCUGGUAGGGAGGAGACCUUGGCCCCAGCUUUGCUGCAUGCCUCGUCUUGCGACGCGACUGACCUGACGAGGGCCUUGGUGAGCCAAAGCAUCAGAACCUUUGGCCUCGCACUUGAAUGCAGAGAGGCCCUGAGUGAUUUUCAGACAAGGACCCAGUCUUCGGAGGAGAAGACGGCCUCCCUUACAGAGGAAUUGAAGGCAGCUAAGGCCGAGGCGGAAGAAGUUAGGGCCCAAAAACUUGAAGAAUUGGCCAAGCUAGAGUCUGCCUUGGCCCAGAUUGAGGCCUUGAAGAAGGAAGUCCAUGAGUCACGGUGCGAGGUGGCCUUCCUGACAAAGAAGGUAGAGGUCUCCAAUGAGCACCAGAAAGUGACCGCCGAGGCCCUAGAGAAGGCAAAUCUCUCCUUAGUGGGUGCCCAAGAGGCUAACCGGUUCUUGGAAACCCAACUCAAAUGGUAUGUGGAUGAUGCCUCCCAUGCUAGGGAGGAGGCUCAACAGAUUGAGGCCUUGAAGAAGGAAGUCCACGAGUCACAGUGCGAGGUAGCCUCCCUGACAAAGAAGGCUAACCGGUUCUUGGAAACCCAACUCAAAUGGUAUGUGGAUGAUGCCUCCCACGCUAGGGAGGAGGCUCAACAGGCGAGGGAGGAGGCGGUGCAGGAGUACGUCGCCAACUUCCAUAAUACAGAGGAGUAUAAGAGCUUUAGUGCGUAUUGGAGAAACUUUGCCUAUGCCGAGGUGAUGGAGCGGGCAGAGGAGCUGUAUCCCAAUUUGGAUCUGACUCAACUCGGGUCUGAAUUCGUGGAUGAAGUACCUCAUACCCUCUCUGAGGAGGUGCAGGGAAAUGACGCAGCUGAGGUAGAGGAGACAAAUGCCGAUGCUCAAACUGCCCAAGCCUUAAGUACUGAAGCGCCUCCCCCAUCUACCCAGGCUUAG